AGCUGUUUACCGCGGGCGUGGCUCUGGGGAUCCGCCGCCCGCCACCCACCCACGUGGGUGUGCCGGGGCGGACUACCGCCAGCACUGAUGGGUCGAGAACUGGAGGACAGCGGCCCCACCAACAUCACCCCCCCGCACCCCGCCAUGGAGGACAAGCCGCCCAGCAGGUCGCCCUCUCCACCCCACUCCCUGGCCACUCUCCUCCCUGUGAACCUGAGCAUCUCCACCUCCCAGGCCCUCGUGGUGGUCUCCACCCUACCCCCCUCCAUCACCUCCACGCCCAUCUCUGUCACGCCUGUCCUGCUCACAAGCGAUGCUCCUUCGCCGCCCACAAGCGCCACACUGGUCAGCUCGGAGGAGCGGCCUGAGGAGGGCACCAGCAGCAGCGUUGUCCCGUCGACAGAGCCGGUACGCACCACCACGCCCGCACCCACUGUCCUGCGGCACAGUGUAGCCGGCGACCAGCCGCAGCGCCCCGUGUUACGCCGUGGCCGCUGGGGUCCCUCAUGCCCAUCCGCACACUGCAUGACAGUUGCUGCUACUGCUGCUGCUGCUACUGCUGCUGCCGCAUAUUAGUCUUGCUCGUGUAUGCUCUUGCUCGCACACACUGUCAUCUGUUCUCUUCUUUCUCAUUCUGACUCUUCUUGUCAGUGCAUGAUGACGCAUGAUCUGUGUAGGAGAGUGAGUGUGUGUGCGUGUGUGUGUAUGUGCAGUGGGAGAAAUAAGUGUUUUGUGUGUGGGUGUGCAAGAGUGUUGCGUCUUACUAACAUAUGUUUUU